CUGAUUGGGAGUGUUUAACGAACAGUACGGACAAAAAAAAAAGGCGAGAGAGAAGCAGAGGCGCGCGAUCUCUAAGGUUCCUUCCGGCGGGUUUCUGAAGCUCUCCCCUCCUCUGCUUCUUCUUCUCCGAUACGUCGUCGUUUUGCUUCCCUCCGCAGCCGUCACCAUCAACAACCGCAGCUAAAGGGUUAGAAGAAUUUGAGGUUCGAUUUGAAGAGAGAGAGAGAGAGAGAGGGAGGGGAAGAGGAAAAUGUCGAAGAAGAAAGUGAGCGGAAACACGAUGACGCUCAAGGACUUUCACGGCGGUUCUAUUCCCUCCGAUCUCCCUCUCCCUUCUGCUCCCGGUGUAAUUGUUAGGGCUACGGAUCGGCCCGGUUACGACCGGCCGGCCGCUUGGGGAAACCCGAUGGGACGGCCCGAUCACCGUUCCCGGCCACAUACGUCUCCCGCCACCAGGCACUUUGAUGACAAGACUCCGUUUCUAGCGCACUCUGUGCACAUUGGGCGGAACUUUGAUGAGGAUGAACGCAAGCCACUGGAUGGUGUGUCGGUGCCGCGCCGGAUUAUAAGCGAUGACAGCAUUCGGGUGGCCCCAGCCCUUGCCGAGCCGAAACCGGUGUUUGCAUCCCCUGGGGGAUUAUCAGGCGUGCAGGGAUGGUGCGGCGCCGCAGUCCCCAGGGAAGCGGUGAGUUCUUACUCGGAGAGGGUUAGUGACGCGGUGGGGGUUAAUUCUCAGAGUGUAAGUGGUAAUGGUGGGCGUGGCGGUGGGAGUGGUGCUCAGCCAAAUGCGUGGGCAGUUAGGAAGGAGAUGGCGGGUGUUACUGAGCCGGUGCAAUCUGCAUGGUCCGGACAGAGUGCUGUUGUGAAGUUGGCUCAUGCUAGUGCACUUGAGAAGGUGUCUUCUGGUAGAUGGCAAUCAAAGCCUUCAAUCCAGUAUCAGGCGAAUAACAUCGAGGUUGCUAGGUCAGCUGAAACAGAGGGUGGUGUACAUUCCAAGGGUUAUGGUAGUGACGCUUACAAGAGGAUGGAUGUGAUGGUUGAGCGGCAAAACUAUGAUGCCACCUUGGCAAGACAAAUUGAAAGAGGUCUACAAAUGGAUGAUGGGAUUCAGAAUGUUAGGAAAGAGUUGCCGGAUUAUGAGAGGGCUAGGGGACCCAUCAUUUCAGAAGUAAAAGAAAGGAGCCCAAUGGUUCGGAAGGAGUUGCCUGAUUAUGAGAGGGCUAGGGCCCCCAUCAUUUCAGAAGUAAGAGAAAGGAAGCCAACUGUGUAUAGUAACAGGGUUCAACCUGCUCAGGCUGAUGGCAAAUAUGGUCAGACUGAAGUGCAGCCCUUUACUUCUUCAGAACACGUAGACCGCCCUAAGUUAAAGUUACUUCCAAGAACAAGGCCAGUGGACCAUUUGGAAGCUCCAGUUGGUGAUCAUGCACAGGAGUACCAGCACCCUGUUUAUGUUGAAACUGUCAAUGAAGUGUAUGGAAAUAUGAAUUCUACAAAACCUGGUUCAGCAGGCUCUGAGAGUGGGAAACUGGCCGUGGAGCGUCCAAAAUUGAAUUUAAAGCCCCGGUCUCAGCCUCUUGAACAAUUGGAUGCAAUUGCCGAAAGAGAGAGGAAUGGGUUAUUUGGUGGUGCUCGCCCACGAGAACUGGUUCUUAAGGAGCGAGGGGUUGACGAUGUUGUGAUCAACAAUGCUGACAUAGUUCAGCAUUCUGACAAGGUUGAGCAUCAUGUUGCCAGGGUUGAAAAUCAUGUUCCAAGGGCUGAACAUCUCUCUCCAAAGCCUGAUAGAGUUCCUGGGCAUUCCAAUCCUACUCGCCACCCUGAUAAAGCUGAGAAUCAUCCUUUUGAUCAGAGAACUGGAAAGAAAUUUGAUAGGAGGGAUAAUCAAGUUGAGAGAAUAGAUAUGCAGAGGAGGAAUUGGCGUAAUGAUGGGAGGAAGAACAACAGAGAGACUGAUAGGCAGCCGCAACAGUCAGAGAGGCCACCAUCACCAGAGACCUGGCGGAAGCCUGAACAGCCAAAACCAUCAUCUCCUGAUGGUGCUGGCCUGCAUCACGGAAAAGCAGCUUCAGCUCUUGAGCUUGCGCAAGCAUUUUCCAGAUCAGUCUCAGAUCCAAAAUUAAACGAUCGAAUUUCUGGCCAAAGGGGAAUUCCUAGCCGCGGUCAAAUACCUUUUUCACGGUUGAUGGGCCCAAGUCCAAGGCCUCAGAUAAAUGGUUACUAAGUGUAUGCAUGAUUUCCAUGGCCGUUUGGCAUCAAUUCGUGGUAUACAGAUUCGGAGUUUUACUGGCGAUUUUGUUCAGUUCAAGUAGCUGGGAUAGAAGCAAGCAAGCUGACAGAGUGCAUUCCCUAGCAAGUGAGUGCCUCCACCAGAUAUUUCCAGUUUCUUCGGAAUAAUUACUGCCAUACAAAACUGAUUGGAAUCUUCUAGCCUGAGUGGUGUCUUGUCUCUGCAACCCUCAUCUUAUCUAUGUUGUUCCUUUCAUAUUUUUUCUUUUUAAUCUUUUUUUGGGGUUCGCUUGUCACCAUUGUCAACUGUAUUUGCUCUCACCUUAAAGUGGAAGAAGUGCUCUAUUGCCUAUUUUAUUGAAGAAUGAAGCCAGUGUAGCAAGAGUUAAAUUAUAGAUUAUUUAUUUAAAGAGUCUUCUUUUA